AUGGGCAAGGGCGAGACGGGCGAGGUGGACGAGGUGGACGAGGUGGACGAGGUGGACGAGGUGGACGAGGUGGACGAGGUGGACGAGGACGACGCAGGGAAGACGCAGACGCGGAAGAUGCGGACGACGUGGGCCCCGGGUGAGAGUGAGGGCGGCGCGGGGGGCGAGAUGGACCAGGUGGGCGACACAGGCAAUGCAGGCGACGUGGGCGAAGCAGACGAGGCGGACGCGGGCGACGUGGGUGACAGCGACGAGAUCAGAAUGCGUGAGCCUCUUUCCCCUUUGCGACCCACUGGAGAUGAGGAGGCCGCGCACGAGGGUUGUACACAGGGAAAGCGCAGGCGAACGGCGUUGUGGCGCGCGAGUGGUAACGACGGCGCACCACGGCCGCAUGGGCGGAAAGAGCGCCCCGCCGAGUACGCCUGUUGCGACAUGCUCAUUGAGGGGACAGGGACGAUGGCGCAGCCGGGGCCUGGGGAGGCGGUGGGCGAGGUAGGAAGCGCAGGACGGUGGAGUGGGGAACUUACAGGGGUGGGGUGUGGCCGCAGACGUCGUCGCGCAUUGUGGGGUCAAAAGGUUGAGGCGAAGGGCGCAGAAUAUGGGCUGGGGAUACGAAGACGCCAGGAUGUGGAGGACGGGGAGGACGAGGUGUUUGCUGGCAGGUGGUGCGCACCGCGGCGGACGAGGUCGAUGGCACGGCCAGGGCCUGGGGAGAUGGUGGGCGAGGCGGGGAGCGCAGGAGAGCAGAACGGGGAACUCACCAAGACAAAGGGGGCUGCAACAGCUCAUUGA